UUCCUUCUUUCCAGCGGGCAGACUAUGGAGAGCAACAAGGAUGAAGCGCUUCGCUGUCUAGCCAUCGCCCAGAAACACCGGGACGCUGGAAAUCUUCCCUCUGCUCGCAAGUUCGCCCAGAAAUCUAUAACAUUAUUCUCCACACCAGAAGCGGUCAAAUUCAUCAAACUCCUCGACUCUGAUACGUCUUCUUCUGCCUCGACGUCUAGUUCUUCGGGAUCCUCGAAACCCUCGUCAGGAUCGUCAUUCACGUCGGGUGCAGAAUCGCAUCCUUCAGCGUCAGGCGCGAAGCACCGUCACACGACGUCCACGAACGGCAGUGCGGCUUCAAGUUCGAACGAGAAGGCACGGGAAUAUACACCAGAGCAUGCUGCGGUUGUGAAGAGAGUGCAGACAUGUAAAGUAACGGAAUAUUAUGAGAUCCUGGAAGUGAGCAAGGAUUGUCAGGAGGCAGACGUCAAAAAGGCUUAUCGAAAGCUUGCACUGGCACUGCAUCCAGACAAGAACGGAGCUCCUGGGGCAGACGAGGCAUUUAAAAUGGUUUCGAAAGCAUUCCAGGUGCUCUCUGACCCACAAAAGCGUGCUGCGUAUGACCGAAGUGGCUCGGACCCAGAAUCACGUUUUGGCAGUGGACCACCCCCUGGAUCAUCACCGGGCUUUGCAACCAGUCAGUUCCGCGGUGGCGGUGGCUUUGAAGGCGAACUCAGUCCCGAAGAUCUGUUCAACAUGUUCUUCGGUGGAGGUAUGGGUGGCGGUGGCGGUUUCGGUGGUAGUCCUGUAUUCUCAGCGACAUUUGGUCCGGGAGGUUUCCGCACUACACGGGUACAUACCGCUAAUGCAAGGCAUCGUCAAACCAACCAGACAGCCACGGAGAACACACCUCGAUCUGUAUUCCUCCAGCUUAUGCCCCUUCUCGUCCUCUUCGCGUUCUCCCUCCUCAGCGCCAUCCCAAACCUGUUCACCACCCCACCCACUCCCGACCCCCGUUUCUCAUUCCAAGCCUCGACACGAUACAACAUGGAACGCACGACCACAGGACUCAAGAUCCCCUUCUACGUCAACUCGGCAGAGUUCUCGGGGCAUCCAAUUGCUGCCGAAAUCGCAAAAGCUGCUAGUGUAUCGGCUGAGAAGGGGAAAGGGCCUACGGGUAUACCAAGGGCGCUGAAGAAGUUCGAGGACAGUGUGGACAAAGCAUACGUACAGGACAAGUAUUCGCUUUGUCAGAGAGGAAUGGACUUUAAGCAGCGCAGAAAGGACGAGGCUAUCGGGUUCUUUGGAAUUGGGGCGGACUGGGAGAAGGUGAAAGCUAUUGAGAACGAGAAGAUAGAGGCGUGCGAGAUCCUGAAGGGUCUGGGAUAUCUUCAGUAGUGCUCUCGUGGACGAUCUUUGUUGUGGAUUAUGGUGGUAACAUUAACUUAUGAUCACUGGAUAACACUGAUGAGAGGGAAUCUAUUACCUUUGUUUCCUUAAUUCGGUGUUCAGCUAUAUAUGGUGUAAAAUUAGAGGGUUGGAUAUCUACUUGUAUGCCUUCUUGCUC